GCGGCCCCCGCGGGGACCAUGAGCGGCGGGAAGAAGAAGAGCGGCUUCCAGAUCACCAGCGUCACCUCGGAGUACGAGCAGAAGGAGGGCUGCGCCGGCGGAGCGCCACGGGGCGCGGGCGAGGAGGCCGGCGCCCCCGAAGAGGGCAGCGCCCGCCGGGCCGACCUCAAGGACGGGCCCGUGGCCCCCGGCUCCCCGUGGCCGGCGCCCGCCCCCUCGCCGCAGGGCCCGGCCGGCGCCGCCACUUCCCGCUUCCGCGUGGUCAAGCUGGACCACGGCUUGGGCGAGCCCUACAAGCGGGGCCGCUGGACUUGCCGGGAUUUCUACGAGCCGGAGGGGGAGCCCCACCUCUGCGGGCGGCUGGCGGACUCGGCCCGGCACCCGCAGUCCUUGGACUCGCGGCUGGAGGUGGCGGGGCUCUUGGCCAGGCCCCCGAGCCCCUUCAGCCCGCAGCCCCAGCGCCGAGGAGGAGGAGGAGCAGGAGCCUGCUUGCAGGCCCAGCUGGUGCUCCCGGCGCCGGGGCCCACGGGCCACCAGGCCCGCUCGCUGGGAGGGGGCUUGCCUCUGCUCACCCGCCCCAGCAGGACGCCCCCCAGCCCCGGGGCCCUCCGGAGCCCCCUGGCUGCGCCUGAGACGCGCCCGCCGCCGCCAGCGGCUCCCGGGGAGCCCGGCCCGCCCGCCUCUGUCCCAAGCCUGCAGGUGGAAGACCAUCCGCUGCCCAGGAGCGUCGCGCAGCUCAUCCAAAGGGAGACGGAGGAGCGGCGCAAGGUCUUGCCAAGAGAGUCCCGCUCACGCCCGUCUUCCCCAGUGCCCCCCCUCUUCCGAGAUGCCAGCCCGGGCCGCAGGACCUCUGACCCCUUUGGCGCUGCCCACUUCAGCCUGGCACGGUCCAUGUUUGGCAUGGGGGUUGCCCACGACAGCGAUGACGACAGCGGAACCAACAGCAGCAUGAUUGCCAUCGACAACAAGAUUGAGCAAGCCAUGGACCUGGUGAAGAGCCACUUGAUGUUUGCGGUGCGGGAGGAGGUGGAGGUCUUGCGGGAGCAGAUCAAGGAGCUGUCGGAGCGCAACGCUUUGCUGGAGCAGGAGAACACCCUCUUGCGCUCCCUGGCCAACGCCGAGCAGCUCAGCUGCUUCCAGGCUCAGCUCCACGCUGCUGCCAAGCCUCCAUCCAGCGGCACUGCAUGACCCCGGACUGACGCUAAGGGGGCCUGUGUUGAGGAGCAGGGGAGGACUCACUAAUGGAUUCCCACAGAUGUGAAAUGGGGGUGGGCACCUGGGUACCAGCGUGGCUGGAGGGGGUGUGCGUGUGUGUGUUUGUACGUGGAGCCAGACUUUUCGGGUGGGUGGGUGAGAUGGGAGCGGGGUGGGAGAAGGGUUGCCUACUAACACAGCAUGUGCCUUUAGGGGGUGGAAUCAGAACCUGGUUUUACCCCCCAGCUCUGGGAGAGGAGUGGGACCUUUUGUGCAAAGACACAGCGGCUGGGGAGGACAGCUGCCGGGUUGAGGGGGGCGGGGGCUUUGUGGGAGAAGCUGCUCUCUGACUCGGAUGAUCCCCACAUGCCCCUCAUGGGCCAGACACACACACCCCCGCCACCAAAUGUCAUUGGGAUAGCUCUGCAGUCAUCCCAUGCAAAUGCAGAAACAGGUGGGAUGGGGGAGGAGUCUUUCCAAGGGGCUGAAGACACGGGGACGGGGGUGAGGGUGCAGGCCAGCGGGGAGGGGUGGAGGGAGCUGGCAAUAAAUUUUGUAUUAAGGACACUUUUGCAGUAUUUCAGGUCAUUAAAGUACAAACCUGCUAAUGUUCCUC